AUGAUGCACCCUGGGCGGAGCAGCGUUUGCCCCGCAGAGCUCGGCCUCAGCAGCCGGAGCACAGUGGACAACACGGGGAGCAAGAGCAGAGAUGGUCGGUGGACCCUGGCCGCACAAAACAUGAACAACUGCAACAACAAUGACGGCAAAAAAGAUGACAAGACACCGGCCCCCAAAACGGAUGAGAAGAAAGAUGAGAAGAAAGAUGAUAAGAAAGAUGAUAAGAAAGAUGACAAGAAAGAUGACAAAAAGGAGCAACCCAAGGAGGUAUGGAUCAUGGACCCUGCCACAGAUAUGUACUAUUACUGGCUGUGCACGAUAUCCAUCCCAGUGUUCUACAACCUGAUAUUGCUGGUGGCCAGGGCUUGUUUUAAUGAACUACAGUCCUCAAAUACAACACUGUGGAUGGUUCUGGACUACACUUCAGAUGUACUCUACUAUUUUGACACCUUCGUGAGAGCCAGGACAGGUUUUCUGGAGCAAGGGCUGCUUGUGAGGGAUGAGAAGAUCCUGAAAGAAAAGUACAUGAAGACACUCCAGUUCAGAUUAGACAUCAUAUCAUUAAUUCCCACUGAUAUUGUUUUCCUCAAAAUUGGAAUCAACAACCCAGAGUGGAGGUUCAACCGUCUCUUUAGGUUAGCCCGACUAUUUGAGUUCUUUGACCGGACUGAAACUCGAACCAAUUUCCCCAACAUCUUCCGAAUUGCUAAUCUUGUGCUUUACAUAAUCAUCAUUAUCCACUGGAAUGGUUGCCUCUACUUUGCCGUCUCCAAGAUUCUCGGCUUUGGCUCAGACACGUGGGUAUAUCCAAACAUGACGAAACCUCAGUUUGAUCGCCUGACCAGGCAGUACAUUUAUUGCUUUUACUGGUCCACUCUUACUCUGACCACCAUUGGUGAGACACCGCCCCCGGUCCGAGACAUUGAAUACUUUUUUGUGGUAGUUGACUUCCUCACUGGAGUUCUGAUCUUUGCUACGAUUGUAGGAAAUGUUGGUGCUAUGAUUUCCAACAUGGGUACUGCACGUGUAGAGUUCCAGGCCAAGAUUGACUCUAUAAAGCAGUACAUGCAUUUUCGAAAGGUCAGCAAAGAGCUGGAGGUGAGGGUGGUGAAGUGGUUCGACUACCUGUGGACAGAGGAGAAAACAUGUGAUGAGAAGCAGGUGCUGAAGAACCUGCCAGACAAGCUGAAGGCUGAAAUAGCCAUCAACGUACAUCUGGAGACCCUAAGAAAAGUCCGCAUCUUUCAAGACUGUGAAGCAGGGUUGCUUGUUGAGUUGGUGCUUAAGCUUCAGCCACAAGUUUUCAGUCCUGGCGACUACAUCUGUAAGAAGGGGGACAUUGGCAGAGAAAUGUACAUCAUCAAAGGAGGAAAGUUGGCAGUAGUAGCAGAUGAUGGGGUUACCCAGUUUGUGGUCCUCAGUGACGGGGCAUAUUUCGGAGAAAUCAGCAUCCUCGGUAUCAAGGGCAGUAAAGCGGGAAACCGAAGAACAGCCAACAUACGGAGUGUGGGCUACUCUGAUCUGUUUGCCCUGUCCAAAGACGAUCUGAUGGAGGCACUCACGGAGUAUCCUGAUGCUAAAUAUAUGCUGGAGGAGAAGGGAAGGUCCAUCCUGAUGAAAGACAAUCUCAUAGAUGAGUCGCUGGUCGCUGCUGUUGACGCCAAAGACUUGGAGGAAAAAGUCGACAAAAUUGAAGAAAGUUUGGAGGUCAUGAUGGCCAAAUUUCGGAAGCUUUCAGCCCAGUAUGAAUCCUCCCAGCGGAAACUCAAGCAACGACUCACUAAUAUGUCAAACCAGGUGAGGACCCUAAGAAUAGACGAUGAUGAGUAGAGCUACUACUGCUACUACGGGCUUAGGGAGUCUUCCCCUUCAGGAUGUUACUUCUGAGGUCAUCCCAAAGGUACACACCAUAUGGCAGAUGACCAGCAGCUGGACAGUGGCUGUCUCCGUUCAUAAUUCCAAUAUCUGGUAAAAUAGUAAGGUUGCCUCCAUGUUUUAAGAGUGGCAACAGAAUAUCGGAAAAUUGUUCGGUACUGCAGUAGGGUACAUAAUGCUUGGUCAGAUGCUCAGUCUUGUUUACUUGUCCUUUAAAUGCAACACUAUUGCCAGAACAAAUAUUUGCUGGAUCUGUGUGUUUUUUUAAGAACUGUUUGAAAUAAACAGAUAUAAAGUCAACACACAAGAAGUUUCU